GGGUGGUGGUGGUGCGGCCCACUUGGGCUCCGCUUGGGGCGGAGGUGCACCACCAUGGACGAGGCCUACGACGUGAUCGUGCUGGGCACCGGCCUGACCGAAUGUAUCCUUUCAGGCAUCAUGUCUGUGAAUGGCAAGAAGGUUUUGCACAUGGACCGGAAUCCAUACUAUGGGGGCGAAAGCUCAUCCAUUACCCCUCUGGAAGAGCUCUAUAAGCGCUUUGAAAUCGCAGAGGGUCCUCCUGAAUCCAUGGGGCGUGGCAGAGACUGGAAUGUUGACCUUAUCCCCAAAUUCCUCAUGGCAAAUGGCCAGCUGGUGAAGAUGCUGCUGUAUACAGAAGUAACACGCUACCUGGACUUCAAAGUGGUGGAGGGCAGCUUUGUUUACAAGGCAGGAAAGAUCUACAAGGUGCCAUCAACAGAGACAGAAGCCUUGGCAUCCAAUCUCAUGGGCAUGUUCGAGAAGAGACGCUUCCGCAAGUUCCUGGUGUUUGUGGCAAACUUCGAUGAGAAUGAUUCAAAGACAUUGGAAGGUGUGGAUCCUCACAGCACCACCAUGCGUGAGGUCUAUCGGCGCUUUGAUCUGGGCCAGGAUGUCAUUGACUUUACAGGACACGCGCUGGCGCUCUACCGUACUGAUGAUUACUUGGAUCAACCCUGCUUGGAGACCAUCAAUCGUAUCAAACUGUACAGUGAAUCCCUGGCCCGCUAUGGGAAGAGCCCGUACCUUUAUCCACUUUAUGGUCUGGGUGAGCUUCCCCAAGGCUUUGCCAGGCUCAGCGCUAUCUAUGGUGGCACCUACAUGCUCAACAAGCCAGUUGAUGAGAUUGUCAUGGAAGAUGGCAAGGUCAUUGGGGUCAAAUCAGAGGGAGAGGUGGCACGCUGCAAACAGCUGAUCUGUGACCCCAGCUAUGUACCAGACCGAGUACGCCCAGCAGGGAAGGUUGUGCGUGUCAUUUGUAUUCUGAGCCACCCCAUCCGAGGCACCAGUGAUGCCAACUCCUGUCAAAUCAUCAUCCCCCAAAAUCAAGUAGGACGCAAGUCUGAUAUCUAUGUCUGCCUCAUCUCGUCUGCCCACAAUGUGGCUGCCCAGGGCAAGUACAUUGCCAUCGCGAGCACUACUGUGGAGACGGACUCUCCUGAGAAUGAAGUGCAACCAGCCCUUGAGCUGCUUGAACCUAUUGACCAAAAGUUUGUGGCUAUCAGUGAUAUAUAUGAACCUACUGAUGAUGGAUCUGAAAGUCAGAUAUUUUGCUCACGAUCAUACGAUGCUACCACUCACUUCGAGACAACAUGUGAUGACAUCAAAGACAUUUACCGGCGCAUGGCAGGGGCUCCUUUUGACUUUGAAAGCAUGAAACGGCGCCAAAAUGAUGUCUUUGGCGAGGACGAGCAGUGACCAUGCCUUUUCCUUCCCUGUCCCUUCCCUCCCUAGGUUAUCCCCAUGCAAGGGACCAUACUCCCACUAGGGACUGGCUUUAACCCACACUUCACCUUAGACUGGCUUGUCCUCCAAAUCCUCAUUCCACUAGGCCAGACUUCUCCUUGCUGGGACCAGUCCCUUUAAACUAUAAGGAGAAAACACAUUUCUAGAUUAAUCCUCCCUGUGCCACGUCCUGAUAGUCUUUUUGGCUACAAACAAACUUCUCCCAAGUGCCCCAUGAUUGAGGUUGGAUCAAACUCGGGGCAGCCUAAACCUUUUCAAAAUCCAUGUCUUACAUUCCUUACAGUGCCUGUUCUAGGCAUUUGGGACCAAGCUGCCUAUUACAUACAAUUGCAUGCAUUUAAAUUCUACCCUAAUCUAGGAAAAAAGCAGUUUGGGACAGGGGUGACUUGGCACACUUUUCUGCAGCAACUCGUUCUCCCUUAUGGUCUCACUGCAUGUUUGCAACGGUAAACACACAUCUGAAAAGAGGCAGAAUUAAGCACACUCACCACUUUUGCACUUCAAGUUGUCCCAUUGCAAACUAUUCCAAUCUAGAAAUAGCAACUAUUGGGGAUUAAAUGCAUGUCAUUGCAUGUAACAUGCAGUCUGGCCUUCAGUCCUGCUGCUAAUGUGAAAUUCUCAUCUUCUCUCUUCUUCUCUCCCCCCCCCCCCCCCCGGUGCAUUUUGCAGAUAUCUUUGUUCUGUCCACCAACUGUGCCCCAUCAUUGCUUCUCUGUGCCUCAUAGCCCACUCCCCAACUUUCCUUGCCCCAAUUCUGAUCCCAGUGAACUGGUCUUCUGCUUCACUUGUGACAGACCUUCCCCAUCCACCUUACCUAAUGUAUAAAUAGCUGUUCUUUCCCCUGUUUAUCCUGACACCCAUUCCUUACACCAAGAGGAGACUGGAAUAGCUACCACUACAGUAUGAGGAUGUGGAGGCAGAAAAAGCCAUUCUGGACCAUCUCUUCCACACAUGCUGUCUCCCUAGCCAGUCCUAUGCCCCCACCUUGCUACUUCAGGUUCCCACAGGCCUCUGUUUGUCUUGCGUCUAUUUUGUCCCCUCAAUCCCUCUUAGUUCCUUUAGCCUAAAAUGUGGGAAGAUUUGUGUGUGUGUAUGUCUCUUUCUCUCUCUCUCUCUCCUCUCUUGUGUGCUGGACAUAGGGACAGGGUGGUGGUUCUGUCCCCUUCCACUUGCUGCCACCUGCUGUAACUUAUUGUAACUUAUUAACGAAGCAGGUCAAACUUUUGUUGAUACUCCUGAGAAUUAAUGAAGUUUGGAUGGGGGGUUAAGCCCUGACAACAGCAAAAUGGCCUGGGGCCUGUUUUGUGUCAGAGGCUUCCUUCAUGCCAGAGCUGGCUUAUGGUUAACAAUCUGUCUGUAACUCUAGGGGGAUAUGAGGGGUCACCUCCCUCCACCCCACAGCUGCUCAGUUGUCUCAAGAUAAUAAAUUCACUUAGUCUA